GGCCGCCCGGUGGUUCACUGGACGCCGCAACACACCACACGAGACGCGAAUUCCAUUCCAACCCGACUUCUCUACCCAGGAAGGAACCCAAGCGAAUCGAGAGAGACCUUACCUUGAAGCCCCCAAUCCCCCAUGGCGUCCGCGUGGUGCCUCUCGGCCCCGGCCGCCGCCCCGCCGGUGGCGCCGGCGCCCGGCGCCCUCGGCGUCCCCGCCUCCGCCUCCGGGGGCGCCGCCGCCCUCACGCGGGUGGCGGCCCCCGUCAGGAGGCGGCGCAGGUGGGCCGCGCUCGUCGUCUGCGCGGCCCCCGACGAGGAGAAGAUUACGCGGCGGUCGCCCCUCGAUUUCCCCAUCGAAUGGGAGAGACCAAAGCCUGGGAGGAGACCUGAUAUCUUCCCAAAGUUCAGCCCAAUGAAGACACCAUUGCCACAUCCAUUACCAGCUGAUGACCCUCUGGAUGAUGACGAAGAAGAGGAAGAGGAAGAACAACCACCUCCGGAGGAACCACAGGAGGAUGAUCCGGACAAGGAAGAACCUGAGGAAGAUGACCCGGACAAGCCAACUGAGUAAUUUUGGAUGGCGUGGGCCGUGGUAGAUAGACACUGAGCAAAAAUUCGCCGUACCUUUGGAGCACCUAAGGUUCAGUUUGAACUGAUAGUUCCACCGGCUUAUAUAGGCUCUAGACGCAUAUGUUUGUAAUGACCCACUUUGAGCUUUCUAAAAGCUAUGAAAGUUUUGUUCGACAGAUUACUUGUUACAUACAAUGCUAUAUUUAUUAUAUGUAUUCACCUCUUGGCUAAGUAGUAUGUACAUUACAAUUA